AUGGGAGCUGGAGCAACUGUCGCCAGCAAUGUCAUGUCAUCCAUCAGGUCCAAGACGAUGAGUCGAGCCGUCUCCUCCUUCGGGCGAUGGACGCAGAGUCGCGCCGAGCCUGUGGAGGACCUGAUGCAGUCGCGGGUGGAGGCGCCCGCCACGAUCAUCGACCUCACUGGCAUUGAGAACCUGGGGUACAUCGCCGAUGUGUACAUGUUUGCCGACAGCUUGAUCGGGCGGUCGAUGAACACCCUGGUUCGCCUGUCCACGCACAAGUUGACGGGCUCGGCCAGGGCCAUCAAGCAGUACACCUUGAAUGUGCCGGGAGUCAACCUCGAGGCUCUCAAGCGUGAGGGGCUGCCGGGUGGAGGAAGAAAUGGUACAGCCGCCUUCAACCCUUUUGCCCUUCCUUCCACGAGUGCUCGGGCAGGCGUCUUGCAGGAUCACAGCUUCCAUGACUUCGCACACCGCACUUCAUCAACAACUGAAAAGCAUCACUGCGUCACCGCAUCACGUUCGUUGUACCUGCUAGUGGUGUCUGCUAACGCCAUCUGCCCGACUCAACGAUUUUCAUGGCUCCGCCUUCCUCCAAGCAUUUUUACAUGCGACUGCGGCCGCAGAUAUUCAUGCGGAUCGCUGGAAUCCGCUCGGGUUACCCAGCAUCGCUGCCAAAGCAACCACGUGGAAGAUGAGGACAUCACGCUGCCGACGGGGUCGGUUGGCAUCAACAACAUUCUGUGGGUGAUGCUGUCGCAUCAUGCCGCGCGACACCAUGCCACCAAUCUGCGAUCUCAGCUUAUAAAGCGUGGAGUGCCCAAAAGGCUGCUUUUGGUCAAACAGGGCUUCACACAUGGUAAGAUCAAAGAUGGCAAACGCCAUUUGCGGUAUAAUGAGAUGACCAUGUACUCCUUCUUUUAUCGUUGGUUGCCAGCAGUGGCCCAUUUUCUGCAAGGCGCGCGCUCAAAAAUUCGCUGCAUCAUGUAUGUAGAAUGCACAGCAAGGUGUGCAUUCCCACACGUCCGUAGCAUCCUGCCCUUGCUGAAUAAGAAGGACAACAGGCCAAUCAAGUGGCUGGGCUUCAGGAAAUGGCAUCCUCCCAAACCACAGAGGCAGCGGCAUGCACACCCAGUCUUCGAGGGAUCCAAGUUGAUCGCCUUCACUCGCUCAUCCCUAGUGCGGGUUCGCAACCAGCUGAAGAAGCACAAGCGCCUUGGCCAUCUGGAUCUCUGGAUGAGCAAGGUUCUGAAGCCUGACGAGUUCUUUGCCCCGGACACCUCCUUAACCUUCUCUUGCCGCCACACUUCCGUGUGUGGUGGAAGUGAAGCUGGCCCCAUCAAGCGUGCCAGAGAAGCCCCUGGGAGGCAGUCCAUGAAUCACUGA